AUGAUUACAGCAGGACUGCACAAAUAUGCCUGUUUCCUCACACUGGACCCAAACACAGCCAACACUGAACUCAUUCUGUCUGAGGAGAACCGAGAGGUGACCGGUGUGAGAGAGAAUCAGCCGUAUCCUGAUCAUCCAGACAGAUUUGAUUGUGUUCUUCAGGUGUUGUGCAGAGAGAGUGUGUGUGGACGCUGCUACUGGGAGGUUGACUGGAGCGGAGAUCACGUGUUAAUAGCAGUGUCGUAUAAGCGCAUCUUGAGGAAGGGAUACGGAGAAGAGUGUUGGUUUGGAAAUAAUGAUCAUUCCUGGUGUUUGAGCAGCUCUCCCUCCAGUUUCUCAUUCAGAUACAAUAACAUGAAGAAUCCUCUGCCAGUAGAGCCGAUCAGCAGGAGAAUAGGAGUGUUUGUGGAUCACAGUGCAGGAACUCUGAUCUUCUACAACAUCAGUGAAGACACAACCAUCCUCAUCCACUCAGUCCAGACCACAUUCACUGAGCCGCUCUAUCCUGGGUUCUGGGUUUAUUCUGGAUCAUCAGUGAAACUGUGUUGA